AUGCAGCUCUCUACUCUCAUCCAAGUUGUCGCCCUCGGCAUUUCUGCCGUCAACGCCGAGUACUGCACACAAGCUCUCGACCCCUACCCUCGCAAGGCCAGCACUGGCUUUCGGUUCGAGAGCGUAGAUGCAAACAACUGGAAGUGGACGUCCAGAGACGUGCAGGUGGUCACCACCGUGAGCCCACAGAGCGGCAACUGCCAGAUCCACCAGGGCGGCGGCGGCGGUGAAUUCUCCGCCACUAUCUGCAUCGACUUCAAGGGGAACUACGCCUGCUGGGUCGCACCGUCCAAGAACCAAGUGUGUGAUAUGGUCUUUGAGCAAGACGAAGCCCCUGUUGAUGUCUGUGGAAACAUCAAGAACAUUUGGGGCUGGGUGGCUUAG